CCGGGGAAGGUAAAUAGAAAGCACCUCAAGGAAGUUGUUGUCAAGUGUCGGUAGUACUGCUAGCAUCAAACAUUUGAAAUGUGUCUAAUAUUCUCAUUUGAAGUCGUAGACAUUUAAAAAUAACUCUGGAGGAAGCCGUCGCCUUGUUGGAACUAUAUUUAGUUGUAAUGAUAAUUUCAUUUUCUUGGGCUAUUUAUUUUAUAUUCGUGUCGAAGCCGUUGUUUGGGAAAAACUAGCUAACGUUAGCAAUGCUUCGAUGACACAGACUGCACUGCAGAAGAGGAGUUUGACUGAGACACCCCCAACUGUUUGCUCCAGUAAAUGAGCAGAGAGGUCGAAUGGAUUUCUCUAAGUUCCUGGACGAUAAUUUUGAUGUGAAGGACUGGGUGAAUGGAGCCUUCAAGGUGGUGCAGAAGGACGCGCCGGGGAAGGCGGACACACACGCAGCUACACUGGUCAUGAAGCUGCAGCUGUUCAUCCAGGAAGUCAACAAUGCCAUUGAGGAGACCAGUAACCAGGCGCUGCAAAACAUGCCCAGAGUGCUGCGAGAUGUGGACGCUCUUAAACAGGAGGCUUCCUUCCUCAAAGAUCAAAUGAUUCUGGUCAAAGAGGACAUCAAGAAGUUUGAGCAAGACACUGUGCAGUCUAUGCAGGUCCUGGUGGAGAUAGAUCAAGUGAAAGGUCGAAUGCAGCUGGCAGCUGAAGCUCUGCAGGAGGCGGACAAAUGGAGCACACUGAGUGCAGACAUUGAAGAGACCUUCAAAACACAGGACUUUGCAGUCAUUUCCUCCAAGCUGACCAGCAUGCAGAACAGUUUGGCCAUGUUGGUGGACACACCCGACUACUCUGAAAAGUGUGUCCACCUAGAGGCUCUGAAAAACAGACUGGAGGCUCUGGCCAGCCCACAGAUUGUGGCAACCUUUAAUUCCAUGUCCAUAGACCAAGCCAAGCUGUUUGUUAAAGUCUUCACAGAGAUAGACAGAAUGCCACAGCUCCUCGCUUACUACUACAAGUGUCAUAAAGGCCAGUUGGUGAGCAUGUGGCAGGAUCUGUCUCAGAGCGAGCUCAGUUUAAAUCAGCAGCUGUCUGAAUUCUACGACACCUUGCUCUCCACGUGGCACUCCCAACUACAAUGGAGCAGCCAGGUGUUCAAGAACCCGUAUGAGGUGGUGACGGUGUUGCUCAUCCAAACCCUCGGUGCCAUGGUCCCCUCCAUCCCUGUCUGCCUGAGCGCGGCUGUUGAGCGCUCCGCCCAAGAGGAGCGUCUAGACACCCUGCUCGAACUCUAUCACACCGCCUCCACCUUCGGACGCAGCCUGGAAGCCGCCAUGCUGCCCCACCUGGGUGAGAAUAAUCUGCUGAAAGUGAAUGAGCUGGUGUGUGUGCUGUAUGACCCCUACAAACCUUACCAGCUGCAGUAUGGAGAGCUGGAGGAAGCUCACCUGCUCAUCCAGAUCAGUGCUGUACCAUUGGAACAUGGGGAGGUCAUUGAUUGUGUGGAAGAGUUGAGUCACUCCGUUGGGAAGUUGUUCGGCCUUGCAGGUGCUGCUGUGGACCGCUGUGUCAAACUGACUGACGGGCUGGCCGUGUGUGGUCUCCUCAAAGCCCUCAAAGCCCUCUUCACCAAGUAUGUGUCAGACUUCUCAUCAACUCUGCAAUCGAUCAGGAAGAAAUGUAAACUGGAGGAUACUUCAAGUUCAUCUCUUUUCCAAGAAGACUGGACCGCCUUUCAGAACUCUGUCAGGAUUAUUGCCACUUGUGGAGAACUACUAAGACAAUGUGGAGAAUUUGAGCAGCAGCUUUCCAACAAGAUUCUGGGCACGGCAGGUAAGUACUUGUCAGAGUCGUACAGCCCACGCAGCCUGACGGGCAUACAGGAGGCCAGCUCCACUGAGAGAAAGAGCCCCAUCAAGAACCCCUGGCAGGAAUACAACUACCUUCAGAGGGGAAACAUGGCUGAAUACAACAGCCUGAUGGAGGUCCUCUACUCCCUGAAGGAGAAAGGAACAGGUAACUCCAACCUGUUAGCAGAGGCCAGAGCAGCUCUGACCAGACUCAACCAGCAGGCUAACCAGCUGGCCUUCGACUCUGUCUUCCUGCAGAUCAAACACCAGCUCAUCCUCAUUUCCAAGAUGGAGAGACAAGAGGAACCUGGUCUCGGAGAGAGCUACACAGAGGACCUGCCUACGUUCAGCCUGUCACCUCAAGAAUACAUCACAAAUAUAGGACAGUACCUGAUGUCUCUGCCACUUCACCUGGAGCCAUUUGUGACUCAGGAGGACCCGGCUCUAGAGAUGGCCCUUCAUGCUGGGAAGCUUCCUUUCCCUCCGGAGCAAGGCGAUGACCUUCCUGAGCUGGACAACACAGCAGACUACUGGCUGGGCUCCAUCGCUCGGGCAACCAUGCAGACGUACUGUGAUGCCAUCCUGCUCAUUCCCCAACUCAGCGUCCAUUCCACCAAACAGCUAGCCACAGAUAUCGACUAUCUGAGUAAUGUGAUGGACGCUCUUGGCCUGCAGCCGUCCCGAACCCUGCAGCACAUCGUCACUCUGCUGAGAGCAAAACCAGAAGACUACCGACAGACGGCCAAACUGCUGCCCCGUCGUCUUGCCUCUACCAUCGCUGCCCUUCGAUUCAUCGACUACUAACAACAACUGAGAAGAAGAACAAAGGACUGUGUUGGUGUAGAGGCUGUCAGAGCAGCAUAGGGAACUGACGGGCAGGUUUGACCCGUCAAAGAAGAAUGUGAUAUCAGAAGAGGAGGGGUUACAUGUUACAGCCUUUUAAGUUUUAAAUAGGGGCUGAAGCAUUUUGGGAUUAUAGUCUUCUUUGUGAGAGAGAUUGAAAUCAGGGUUGGUCCAGACUUUUUUUUUAUACUGUUUAAUGUUGGCUUUAAAUGAUGUCUCACUGGUUAUAAUGCCUUCAAGUCAAGCCAGAUCAAGUGUCCAUCAUUUCUUUCAUUUCUGUAUUUUUAAGUUGUUGAAGCAUUUAAGGAAGUAACAGAGGCUAUAUCAGGGGUUGUCUGCAAGCUUUUGAAAUCUACAGGACCUAUAUAUUUGUUAAUUUGUUUUACUAACAUAAUUCAUCUAUAAUUUAAAAUGAUAUAAAGGAAAUCUUUCUAAAUCAAACACCACAGGAUGAGGUGAUGGCUCUCUGUUUAUCUCUGUUGUUGUUGUAGGGACUUUACAAAGAACACAGAUUGUCUCCAUUUCCGUAUAUUACAUGCAGUAACGUGAAAAUCUGUCCAUAAAACAUUGACACCAUCA